AUGUCUCUGUUAAAAGAACAGGUUAAUCUUAAGAUUCCUGGUAAAGUUGUUAUAAAUGGAUCAUAUAUAGUAUUAGAAGGUGAAAUGGCUUCGGUUGUAGUUCUUAAUAAAUACCUUAAUGUAACGAUAAAUACACAAAAUUCAGAUAAAUUUGAUCUAAAUUUAAACAUUGAGAAUGGAGAUAUGUAUUUACAUUCUGAAAAUGAUAAAGGUCACUGGAUUUAUGAGUUAAUUACUACAGCUCUAACAUUUAUAAAUGUAGAAAAUUAUAAUGUUAACAUUAAUGGGUAUUUUGAUGAUUUCUUUUUUUUAGAAAAUGGUGUAAAAACUGGAUUGGGUUCGUCUUCUUGCAUUUUUAUCGCUGUAAUAUAUUCCCUCUAUAAAAUUGGGAAAAUGAAAAAGCCGUUACUUAUUGCGCCAAAAGUUGAUUUUAAACACAACAAAGAACUUGUCAAUCUAUUAUACACUGUAAGUAAAACAUUGUAUCCCAGUGCUUCUGGUUGCGACAUAAUGGCUUCAUUUCUUGGUCCUAUUAAUUUUUCGUUUAAUGUAAUACAAAAAAUUAAUCUUAUUGCUAGACAUAUUAUUUUAGGUUCGUUUGGAGCAUCAACAUCGACAAGGAAGAUGUUAGAUUUAGUUGGUAAAGUUAAUUGGACGAGUUUAAAAACUAUUAAUAAAAUUUUAGUUAAAAAUUUAAGAAACAAGGAAACCUAUAAGAAAUAUUUAGAAGAAAUAAGACAUUGUAGUAAUAUUAUUAUGCCUGAUAGACAAUAUAAAAUAUUAAAAAAAACAUUUGAGUUAAAUAUUCUUGGUUGUGGAAUAUCAGGCGCUGGUGGUGAAGAUGCUGUAUGGUGUAUAACGGAUAACGUUGGUCAGGUUAAAUAUCUUUGGGAACAAGAAUUUACUUAUGUUUGUUCAUGUGAAGUAGUUAAUAAUGGAAUUAUAAUAAAUUAA